GGAAGGAUAUAAAUUCAUUGUUCAGAGAUUGACAAGCGCAGUCAGUAAAAGGAUUUUAUCUAUCAACGUUAGUUUGAUUUCAUUUGUAAAGAAAAAAAUCUAUCAGAAAUCGAAGAUGCAGGGACUCAAAAUAAUAACUUCCAUCUUAUUACUCGUCGUUAUUUGCACAGCUGAAGAUUCGGAAGAAAUUAUAAAGGAGCUUGAAAAAAUCCAAAAGGAUUGUGAGGAUGAACUAGGAAUAAGUACAGAUGAAAUAAAAAAUUUUCAUCAUAAGCUUUGCAAAGGCGAUGAAAUAGAUAGGAAUUUUGGCUGCUACAUGUCUUGCUUUUACAAAAAAGUUGUUGCGAUAAAAGAUAAUGAAUUCCAAAUAGACGAUCUGAAAUCAGCGAUAUUACCUUUCAUAAAAGAUGAAGAAUCAAAGCAGGAACUAGGAGACAAACUAGACAUUUGCAAGAACGAAAUCUCUGAUAUAACGGAUGAAUGCGACAAGACAAUUGUAUUUUCAAAAUGUCUAGCAGCCGGGUCGAAAAUGUGCAAGAAUAUGGAAGAAUAAAAGAUAAUCAUCAAUUAUUUUGCCCAUCUAUAAGUACACAAGUCAUAAAAGGAAAAUGGUGUAAAGCGUACAAAUUGUAAAAUAAUCCAAAAGUAACAAAAUAAAGUAGUAACAACUA